AUGAGGCUUUCUCCAUUUGCUCUGUUUGUCCUGACUGCUGGGGUUUAUCUGUGCUCAGAGUGUUUCUGCACUGAAAUUAUUGGAGGGAGAGAAGUACCGCCACAUUCCAGGCCAUUUAUGGCUUCCAUCCAGUACCGCGGCCGUCACAUCUGUGGAGGAGUCCUGAUUCAUCCGCAGUGGGUGCUAACAGCAGCCCACUGUUACUCUUGGUUUCCUAGAGGCCAGUCUCCCACAGUGGUCUUGGGAGCACAUUCUCUUUCAAAGAAUGAGCCCACGAAACAAACAUUGGAGAUUAAAAAACUCAUCCCAUUCUCAAGAUCUGCGUCAGGUUUCACAUCACACGAUAUCAUGCUAAUAAAGCUUCACACUGCUGCAGAACUCAACAAGCAUGUCCAACUGCUUCAACUGAGAUCCAAAAACUAUAUUAGAGAUGGAACCAAAUGCCAGGUUACUGGCUGGGGAGCCACCAACCCAGAUCUGUUAAAAAACUCUGAUACCCUGCAAGAAGUCACUGUUACCAUCAUAAGCAGAAAACGCUGCAACAGUCAAAGCUAUUACAACCGCAAACCUGUUAUAACCAGGGACAUGGUAUGUGCAGGAGAUGCCAAAGGCCAAAAGGAUUCCUGCCAGGGAGAUUCAGGUGGCCCCUUGGUCUGCAAAGGUGUCUUCCAUGCCAUCGUCUCUGGGGGCUAUAAAUGUGGCGUUGCCAACAAACCUGGAAUCUACACCCUAUUGACUAAGAAAUACCAGAGUUGGAUCAAAAGCCAGCUUGCCCCAUCCAGUGCGAACUGAG